GGUGCACGGUCACUCACCACAUGCAACUUGCAAGGCUACAGCACACCGCAUAGUGCAGUCUGCUCGGCCGGCAGCUCGGGUCAACAUGCGCCGGUGAGUCUCACACCCGUACUUGCUGCAACAGGCGGCAGCUUGUGUGAACGCGGAUGGACAGAUUUAUUUGAAGAUUGUUUAGAAAUGAGGGACAGAGGCUUGUUUGAAAAGUUAUAGUUAAAAGUAGUGUUUGUUGAUUUAUUAUGAGAGAAAAAUAAUGUUGACUGCAUAUACCAAAAUCAGUCGACGAGGUAGCCCUGCAAACAGUGCGAUUCGGACUGCUCCUAAUCAUGACCCUCGCUCCAUGCAUGCCAAAAGCGGUUCACGGGUCGAACCUUCCCCAUUUGUGCGGUUGGCUAGCAGAUCCGCAAAUAACCACAGGUCAAACCUCGCAGGAAGACCGUUACGCUGCUGCCAACGUUGUUACUGAUUGAGCUGCUUGUGUGCAGUAUACAUGUAUAUAUACCGGUAAACUGUAUAUACAAAAGAUCACAACCAGACGAAGUGGCAACAAACUAGGUCUCCGGAGCUGGCUCUGGUGCCGGCAUGGAGCGCCGCUGACCCAUCUCUUCACCCUUAGCCGAUGUUGACAUCUAUAGAUUUCCAACUAGGCCGAGCACGGUGGGUUGGCCCGAGCACGGCCCGAGAAACCACGGCCCCUCCAUGCUCGUGCCUCGCACGGCCCGCCACUGUGCCCAUGCCUGGGCCGCCAUUCUGGCCCAUGGGCCAGCACGGGCACGGCACGACAAAACGGCCUAGCCCACUAUCGGCACGACAUUCGGGGAUGGCAGCCAUUCGAUCUAGGGUUCGGGAUGAUAAGAGCUGUUGGAUAUGACCAUUGUAUUGCGUUGUAUAUAAGUCGGUCGGCCUCUGCCACGACCCCGAACCCUAAAUCAUUUCCCCCUUGCUCCCGCAGCCGCUUCGCUCAGUGCCUCAGCCGUAGCCGCUCACUCCUCUCCUCUCUGCCUCCCGCUCCAACGACGAUGGCGAAGGGCGACGAUGCCUCCAAUGGGGGCGGGCGACAGCGGCUCGCCGCCGGCCCCACCUCUUCUUCUCGUCCACCAGAUGCUCAGGAGCUUCGACGAACAAUAUCUGCUGAGCUGGUGCUGGCCAGAGCUCCUUCUACAUCGUCGGCGUUGUCUAGCCGAUUGAGGCCAGGUCAAGCUGAAGCGAGGGUGAUGCCCCGGCCUCCGCCCUCUGUCUCCGAAGACACGGUGGAGGCUAGUGCCACUGCCAUGGAAGAAGAGAUGGAGAGGAUCUGCGACCUCCGAGGAAACUCCGACGACGACGACAUGGCCGAAGAUGGCUUAGUGCCUGGGCCGGCACGGGCACUGGCGUGCCACCGUGCCUGAUGGCACGGCAUGACACACUCCAACCCUGAUAGGCCCGUGCCUGGGCCGCCGUGCCGCAUAGUGCCCGUGCCUGGCCGUGCCCAUGCCUGUGCUGUGCCGGGCAGCCCGGUUGGCCAUCUAAACCGACAUCGACACCACACGACACCAUUGGCCAUGACGUGACGACCACAUAGUGGCAGCAAGGAGGGCGCCGUGCCUCCCACGUAGGAUGGUGCCAAGACGACGGCGACAUGCAAAUUGAACAGCCAAAGCAAAUUUUUUAGGACAGAGACAGUAGAUUCUAAGAAGCGUGCAGGAUUGUCGGGCACGCGCAGGAUAGCCAAUUUUUUUGUCUUUUCCUGAACGGUUGAUGUUGUAAUAUUGAAAUGAAAGUAUGGAGAUGAAUCUGUCAUAGUUGAAAAAUACUGUUCGCUGAUUUAUUGUAAGCGAAAAACAUUGCUGG